AUGGCAAUGUUCGCAAUCGAUCAGACCGACUGCUUUGCGCAUAUAAAUCAGGACUUUUUGAUCUGCACAACGGUGCACAAGGCACGUAAUAUUGGAAUCUUCAAUGCUGAGACGUAUGUACGCGUUUCUUUGGAAAAAUCCCAUAAAAGCACGAAAAAUUUUCCCAAUUCGGAAAAUCCCUACUUUAAUGAGUACUUCGUGUUUGAAAUGAAAUGCACUUUAAACGAACUGCUUCGCUUUACCAUUUUAUAUGAGUUAAAGAAACAUGCCACUUGUAAAAAAAGUCAGGUGCUUGGGGAAUUGCUCAUCGAUUUGCAAAGUGUUUGGAAUCAACCAAAUCGUUGUUUCUUUAAGAAAUGGGGUCGACUCGAAUGUCCCAUUGGGAGCGAUAAUAAAAAUGGUGAGCAAGGCAAAGGCUUUUUGCAAAUUGACUUAGCCAUUGUGUCACAGGCAACGAAUACAACGCCAUUAUUACACACAUAUGAAGGUGAUAUGGCAGGUAUGAACAAAUGGCAAGUCAAUCAGGACUAUGAUGACAUUGAAAAUUAUAUUGCUGGACGUUUUAAAAUUAUAUCAAAUGCUGAAACGAAAGGUCUUAGUACCUUUGUGGGCACAUUUGCGUUACCAUCUUUAAUAUUUCUCUCAUUAGUGGAGUUAAAUUGGAAUACAGUGAAUUGGCAAUUUUUACUGGCCAUGCUUAUCUCGAAAUCCGUUGUUUUCUUUGCGGUGUUAAUUAUUUCAUUACUUAUUGUGAGACCAUUGAACUAUGCACGUGCUGGACUUUUGGGUAUAUUUUGUACACAGAGUAAUGAUUUUGCUAUCGGUUAUCCAAUAGUUAUGGCUUUAUAUGAGAAUAUACAUCCAGAAUACGCAUCAUACUUGUAUUUGAUGGCGCCAAUAUCAUUGGCUAUACUAAAUCCAAUUGGUUUGGUAUUGAUGGAGAUCUCAAAAAUGUCAAAUACUAAAAAUGAACUAAGAGAACAAGCACCAAGAUGUCCUGAAACCUGUCCAGCAGAACAAAUGUCAAAGCAAAGACAAUGCUUGAAUGAACGCAGCAUAUUAAUUUUGAAUAUGUUGAAGUCAUUAUUUUUUAAUCCAUUACUGACUAUGACUUUAUUGGGUAUUGCUGGUGGUUUUAUCUUUCCCAAUGGCUUACCGGAAUUGGUAGCAUGUGUACUACGAGUUUUUGGACAAUCAUUUUCUGCAACCGCACUAUUUUUAUUGGGAUUGAAAAUUGUGGGACAAGGCGGUAACAAAACUUUGAAUGGCUCUGCAUUUUUAUUACCUGGGAUUCUAAUUUUAGUAAAAAUAUUGGUAUUGCCUUUGGUUUGUAGACAAACAGUUAAUAUAAUGCAAGCUGGUACAGAUUUUAAUGACACUACUGAAUUAAGUACUUAUGGAUUUCUGUAUGGAACUUUUCCAGCCGCCCCUGGCGCUUUUGUUAUUGCAUCUCAGUACAAUGUUGAAGUUGAACUGAUUGCUCAAAGUAUGGUACUUUGCACAUUUAUUUCAGCACCUUUAAUGUUUAUCUCUGCGAAAAUGAUUUCUCUAACGAAUCUCAAUCCUGUGGAUUAUCUACAUGAACUAGACGCCUUUUCAUUUGACAUUAGUAUUGCGGGUGUGGCAGCCUGUGGUUGGGUUCUAUUAUUGCUCAUAACGUCGAAACGCUUAAAACGUAUGCCACAUCGAAUCACAGCAUGCUUGGUGCUUUCUCAACUAAUGUGUUGCAUUGGUGUUAUUCUGUGGUCAAAACUGGAACACUUUGAAACAUGGCAACAUUAUAUACAGUUCUUCCUAUUUAAUAUAGGCAGUUAUAGUAGUCGUUUAUGGACUGGCAUUUUAGCGAUUACUUUGCUAUUUCUACAAUGCCGCAGUUUGUGUUUUGUGCUAAAGCUUUGGCCUUAUAUGGUAACAUUUGCUUGGGGAGUUCCAGCUAUUAUAUCUGGACUACUGAUUGCUUUUGAUAGUAAUGUUAUGUCGAAAGAAAAACAUAAUCCAAGUUUUCAAUAUGGUAAUGCACAAGCUGCUGUCUCUGUGUUUUUGCUAGUUAUGUGCUUCAUAGUCACUGUCGGCUGUUUGGUACUACAUCAACGUUACAAAAAGCGUUACGAAAAGUAUUUAAAUUUUGCGCGUGAAUUGUCAAAUCCCGAAUCAGAAUCGUCAGAUUUGCAAUCGACUAUAUCAACGGCAAAUUUAUUAUCAAAUGUGGAUAGUAAUGUUAAUACAACUAUACAUCAUCGACAUCGUAAUGCUUCUUAUUCAUCAUCAUCUGAUGAUGAGGAAAUGAUACGUACAACUUCAAAUACCCAGAACAAUAAUACUAAUGUACGUGGUUGUGCUGGAGGUAGUGGUAAUUGUUGUUCAUCGACAGUAACAACUCCAACCACAGCAACAACUGUUGUUGUUGAUAUUGAGGAUUUGUUAAAUAGACGCAAUACAGCUAUAAAUAAAAAUAGCAGUCCAACUACUUCAACAGAUCAGUUUCAUGAUGAUUUCAGACAUAAUCAUGCUGCACGGACAAUGUGUAGUCCAUCGUUUGACUGUGGACCGAGUACAUCAAGACAAAAUUGUCAAAAUAUGAUUGAACGUUAUGAGGAGCAAACAAGAAAUGGUCUUGAACCUUUAGAAUUUCCAACCGAUACAGAUGAGCAUCAAACGUUAAAACACACUGUAUUGCUGAUCAUUUUAUUAUGUUCAAUGUUUGUGAGCUUAUCCGUAUCAAUUUGGACGCUUGUCAUGGAGGGCAUGUCUGGAAUUUAUUUGGAAUUAAGUUUUUUGGAGGCUUUCUUAAACUUCGGACAAAGUUUAAUUGUCUUAGCUGUAUUCUUGACCGAUACUGGCGAGUUUCUUAUGCCAAUUGUUAAAUUUUGGCGUAAAUUAUGGUAUGGUGCAAAUGUACUUACUUUGCCACACUGGUCGACUCUCAGUUCAACAACGAAACAUAUAUGCGAACAAUUUCGUAAUCAUCAUUUGGAAAAUUGCAAGAAGGAACUUGCAAAGGACAGAAGGUGGCGUAUUAGAGUUUAUCGUCAAGUAUUCUAUGGUUGCGAUUUUGUCGAUUGGUUAAUUGAAGUAGGCUUAUCCAAGGAUCGUUUAGAAGCAGUACAUUAUGCAAAACAUUUGGUGGAUGGUCGAGUGCUUCGUCAUAUAAAUAAUGUAUAUCACUUUGAAGACAAAAAGUUACUUUACAAUUUUUGCAGUCGUAUUUAAGCAGUUCAAGUGUAUCUAUAAUUCAUCGAUAAUGUUUUAAAAAAUGUGUAUAACUUUUUUAUUGUUAUUAUGUUAUCUGUUGCAGUUAUAUAAACAAAGUUAAUUGUACUGCAAAAUAUUUUUGAAACUAUUAGUUAAGUGUCGUGCUGUGAUCUUUAACGAAAAAGUUAUAUGCGUAGACAGCCAUUUACGCAGAUAACUUUAAUGAUACAUUUUUUUUAUUAUUUUAAAUUUGUUCAUUUUAAUUAGAAUUAUUUUAAAAAUAAGUGUU